AACAGAUAAGUUAGGCGAUUUCGUUCGCUUGUGAGCUCGACUUCACAGGUUGUUCAGAGCGAAUGGUGCCUUUAUCAACGAACAGGUGUCCCUCUUACAGGAGGCUGAAUGACCGUUUUACAGACACUUUAUUCACACUCGUGUUCUUGCUAGUUACUACACAUCCUCGCUACAACAUGUACCUAGUCUCUUCCUGUAUACAUCCAGUAAAGUUUUUUCUUUCUAUCACACAUUGGCCUUGCUUCCCUCCUUCCUGCCUUUACUCCCAUACUGUUGAUAGGUUCGUUUUGCCUUCGCUUUUCUACCUCUUAGUUCACACAGAUACAUAGCUACCGUCCAAUAUUUCAACUGGUACCAGAGACACACACACGAAC